AUGCGGACGAUCGACUGUGAGUUCUCCCACUUCGCCGUGCACCCCGGCCACGGCCGCCGCUACGUCCCCUUCGCGUUCCUGUCCACGAAGCCCGUGCUGACCUUCUCCCGCCCAAAGUGCUUCGUCAUGUACAUGCGCAAGAAGAACCCGCGCUUCAUCCCGUGGACCCGCACGUACCGCCGCAUCCACCGCAAGACAACAACCGACCGCGUCGUCCGCCGCCGUGCGGCCCGCACCGUGAAGGCCGAGCGCGGCAUCAACGGCGCCGACCUCUCGUACAUCCAGGAGGUGCGCGCGAAGACCAAGAAGGUGGACCGCUCCGCCAAGGGUAAGGCCAUCCGCGCAGAGAUGGCAGAGCGCAAGGCCGCGAAGAAAUAA